AUGCGGGACUCUCUCAAAAUCUGCACAACUGCUACAGUUCCAACGGCUAGUUCACCAGCUGGAAUGGCGCGUGCGCCGCCGGUGAAUCUUUUCAGGCCGCCGGACCAAAGCCAUCUGAGGCGCUUUGAGGAGACGAACAAAACCCACCAAGAAUCACCAUCUAAUUCAUCCUACAACUUCACGAAAUUGCGAAAUACAGAGGCGAUGAAUAUCGCGAUUUCAGAAAGAGAGCUGGAAGGGAUUCAUAAAUUUAUUUCCCUAGAUCGCGAUAAGCUGAUUAAUCGAAAACUAUUUAGUGGGAAUGAUUCUACUAAUCAAGGGCUACAACAUACUCAAAAAUUACAUGAUUCUAUCGCGCCAAUUGCGAGAUCUGAUGAGGCGACUUCUGGGAAAAUCAGAGCAAAUUCUCCGGAGCGGCGCCUUCAAAUUCGUCCAACUUCCUACCAAUUUUACGGCGAUUUGACCAUUGGGGAUUGUUCACCUAGUGAAGAGGUACAUCUCACAGAAAUCUCAAGUAAAAUGGCCGGUCAAAUCACCGACGACAAGAAUUCCGGUGAGCCAAUAGUCGAAGAUGACGACGGCGACAUUGGGGGCAAUUGUUCGUUGGACGAGGAGGUCCACCUGACCAACAUAUCCUCCAAUUUAGCUCAGGAACACAGCCAGAAUAAGAUUCAAACAAGUUUCAUAAAUUCUACAACCAAUCCACAAAUUGAGCUUGAAGAACCCAGCUGCAGAAUUGAAGAACAACAGCAAGAGACGUUUUUCCAUGAUCAAGCAAGGCCUAAUGGUCAAAAACAAGAUCACAAUGCUAUAGGAGAACAACAAAUAGAGAUGGAAUCUACACAAAUAGCUAUGCGAGUAUAUCAGGGCAAAAAUGAUCAGCUGGGCAACACAAGUUCUACUAAUUUGGAAGUCAUUGAUGUGGAGAAUUCAUCAUAUUUCUCAUUUGGAGUGAAACCAAUGGACACAACCCCCAACAAUGGAGGACAGCAAAGACCAGGUAUGAUUCCUAAGUAUCAUAAUGAACCUUCUCAUGUCUAUAUGCAGGAACAACAACAAACAAACAACACUUCAUUAAGCAAAAACCCAAGCAUGGAGAGCACUCAGGCAGGUAAGUCCUCUAAUUCUAACUCUAGUACAAAUGUUGUUACCUUGAGUAGUAGUGGUGUCCAUGUGAACGAUAGUCCAAAUCGGCAAAAGAAUCUUAUGAGGGAAGAACAAGGAAAAGGCAAGGGAGACACUGAAACCCAACAGCAAGUUAAUCGACACCAAAGUCGAGUGCGAGAUAAAAAUUUAUCUCAACCUACUAAUCAAGGAGGGAAUACUGAACCAAAUAACUAUCAUAAGGACUUCCCUAAACUUUCUAGAAAUUUUGAUAGACAUAUCAGUUCCAAUCAGCAGAGUCAACAAAUAAACCAGUCCAACCAAUCCAAAGAACCCAACAAUCCCAACGAGAACCAUAAUACCAAACAUGAUCAAAGUGUAGAACCUGCUCCUUACACUGUGGUGCAAACUCUAGCUGCUAGGCUCAGGCAAAUCCAUGCUACGCAGACUACUUCUAUUGAACUUGUUCCACCCAAGCACACUACUAAAUAG